AUGACUGAUCACAAACAUCAAACCAAUCAAGACUAUCAUGACCAACAAGGUCAUCAAGACCAACAAGACCAACAACCAACGAAAACCAAUGCUAAUUUGAAAUAUUAUAAGGGUGCUGCCCAAGAAUCACUCGGUAAAACGUUGGGUAAUGAAAAAAUGAAACUUGAAGGCGAAUCACUAAAAUUACAAGGUCAAGGUGAACGUGAAGCCAUUAAAAUUCAAGGUCAUAAAGAAGGUACAAAAGAAAAAGCAACUGGUACCACCAAAGAAAAAGUUGGCCAUGCGUUGGGCAAUAAAAAAAUGGAAAAUGAAGGCACUGCAACGAAACUUUCUGAAAGUAGAAGUGAAAGAAGUGGCCUAUUUGAACAUUUUGAAAAAUAUGCUAGAGAUAUCAUAUUGGAGUUGGGCUCAAUUAAUAAUCUAUCUGAAAAAGAAACAGCCAUGAUAGAAUUUUUCGAGACUGAAGUAAAAUCGCUUGAAUUUUUACUAAAAAAUAUAUCACAUAAAUUUUUAGAAUAUGUCAAUGAAAACCUUACAACAAAGAAUACACCUUCAUCAACAACUCCUAUUUUACAAAUAGAUACUUCAACUUCAUCAUCACCUACAGAACCUUCACUAUUUCAUGAAUCGUUUUCCACUAACAAUAAUAUCUCAACAUCUUAUUAA